AUGAAGAACAAAGUCGCAGCAGAGGUGAGCAGCGGCAAAAACCGCUCUGCACUUCGCAUACUCGCGAGGAACGAAUGUAAUGAGAAGAGUUACCUCAGGGAGGAAGACAUAUUCCUUUAUAGCAAGCCUAUGGAUUUGAUUUACUAUUCGGCUAAGCCCAAACCAUUAAAUGGUAGCCCCUCAUCAAGAGAGCUGAGCAUGAACCGAACGGAGCGGAAAAAGAAAAGUGAUGACUUGGUGGUUACUCACAUUUUGCAAAAUGAGAAAAAUGACGUGAUCUGCGAUAAUGGGAUGUCACCAGAGGUAGGAGGUAAAGCCAGGAAAAAUGACACCAAUGAUGAGAAGAACAUCACGGGGAUGGGAAGAGAACCUGUCUUCCGAAGGAACGACUCGUUAGAGAUCAGAUUCCGUCAAGGGUAUAUUCCCCCCAGGAACAGCCAUUACCAAGGUGGAAAUCAUCCCCACCUGAGCUGCAAAAUGGAAGGUACGUCCUAUGACAAUGACAAACGAAUGCCACUGCCAACGCAAUACGGUAUGGAGGAUCGACUACAGCCUCUGUACCAGAAGAGAGGGGAGAAAAUCCCAAAUGAACAAACCAGCAUCCCCUCGUCCAGGCUUAUAAAAACAGAAUGGACUGCAAAUCAUGUAGGGGGUAGGAAAAACACCCAUCAGGAAAAAACGACCCAUCAGGAAAAAACGACCCAUCAGGAAAAAACGACCCAUCAGGAAAAAGCAAGCCAUCAGAAAAAUGCAACCCAUGAUGCUGAUAUCAGUGCGAUUCCCGAAGGAAGAAACGACUUUGUUAAGAUAACGAAAGAAGUGUACGGAAGAAAUAAUUACUCCUUCAUCGAUAAAAGCCGUACACAUCAGAGGAACCAGAUGAAUGAAAUGGAAAGAGAAAAAAAUGGCACCAAAGGCAACAGCGGAAGUAGCACCACAAGACACAGAGAACAUUUGGCAGAUUUACCACAUUUUGGAACCCUAUAUGAUAAAGGGGAGGAGAAGGAUGAUGAUGAAGAUGCAGCCUACUUCAACCCUGCCAGUGUGAUGGGACCAAACGAGCCGAAGAAGAGCACGCAGCUACGAAGCCGUGUUAAUGAAGGCACAGUGAAAAGGGCAAACGGCUCGACAAAUCAGGAUGAUUCCCAAAGUGAAAUGAACAAAUUUAACAAUACUGAACAGAGUCUAAGUGACCUAAUUAGAGCGUUCCAGUUGAAGAGAGCCCAAAAUUUGAGGGUUCCAUCGGGGGACUUACUCGGUGUAGACAACACCGAGGAUAAUUACGCAGAGAAUCGUAGCGCUGCUCCAAAAAAGGAAAUCAGCACCCGUUUAGACAACUCCACUAAUGCUAAGAAUGUAAAUGUGGCUGAAAAAUGGGUCAAGCGUUAUGAAGCACCACCUCAAGGUAACGGACAAAAGAUAGAACAACUCGAGGAGGGCAAAAAAGGAGCCACCUUAAAAAUGAACCACAAUAAGCAGAUGCUGAACCCAUCGAAAUGGGUUCUAAAGGAUCAAUUUGACAAACCGAAAAGGAGCAAGUCCGACGAUAAGACGUCUCUCCUAUGCAAUAACAGCGGUUUGACAGAUUCGAUCCACACAUAUGGGUACGCUCAUGAGGGUGAAAACAAAUUGGGACCUACAGAAAAAUGCGGAGAAGACCAAAUGGAUUACUACUACCCACCUAGGGAAUCAAAUAUAAUCGAAUUUGAUGAAGAGGGAGGAAAUAAAUAUCACCUAUUGAACCAUCAAAACGGUGAAAGUAUCGAUGGCUCCUACUCUGUGCAGGAAGGAAGGCCAUACGAAAAGGUGCAGUUCAUCCCGGAAAACUACCUCAUGAUAAAUAGGGAAGAAUAUCAUCCAAGUGUAAAAAUUAUAAAACAUGAGAAAAUUAUUAACAGUCAGGAGAACCUUACCUAUCCUCUAAUGUCUGAGUUUAUGCAGCCAUUUGUGGGGAGCAAAGGAGAGCUAGAAAAGGAGGACUCCAAUUGUGGCUCGUUUGAAGAGAGGAAAAGCUGCCCCGAUGAUGACUUCGUUCACCGGAAGGAUAAGCUAAGUAGAAGUAUCAACUAUAUUAGGCAAAUUAAGAGGGCCAAUGAGCAAGGAAGGUAUGCGAUUUCGAUGGAAGAAAAGGUGAAGAAGACAAGACAAGGGGAGGAGCGUGCCAGGGGUGAAGAGGAUGCAUAUUUCUUGUCCCCUCGUUUUGGUUCACUAAUUCAGGAAGAGGUGGAACAGGUGGAAGAAGUGGGAAAAACGGGAGAAACAGGAGAAGCGGAAGAAGCAAGCGAAGUGAACCACAUGAGAGGAGCACCAUCCUGGGGUGAGAAAAAAAAAAAAACAGUGAACCCUUUGAUGUUCUCCAAGCGCCAUUUACGGGAAGGGUUACUAAAUAAGGCAAGAAAGCAGGGCAUCUCAAAAACUGGAAAAAAUGACUACGCAAACUGGGCUCUGAAAAACGGGCGUGGUGCGCUGCCUCAAAAAGUGAGCAAACAGGUGGAAACACCGCCCAAGGAUAGAACAGUCGAGUUGGUGCAAAGCGUAGACCUAGCCGAAGUGCACCUGAAUGGUGAGAAGACACACACACACAAUGGCCCCAAUCGGACCAAUCGCCCCAAUCAUCCCAAUCGUCCCACCCUUUCAAACCUCUCCGAUUCUCUAAAAUUGGUUGAGCUAAAGCGGAAGGGGGAGAUAUGCAAAAAUGGAGCAAACAGCAUGCCGAGCGCCAAAAAGGAAGACUCCCCCAUGAAGCACGACUAUGUAAAGGGCGAGAAAUACACAAAAAAACAGACAAACACAACAUUACGUAGGUGCCCCAAAAUAGGAAGCAAAAAAAAUGACACCAACAAAGCACUUAAGAUAAAAUCCCCCUUCAUUUCUAAGCAAAAUAAUGUUCCUAUGUAUGCAGUAUCAAUAGGUAACGAACCACUUAAGUCGAUCAAAAUGGUAAAGGAGGAACGACAACAGAGGAACCAGAACGGAAGUCAACAAUACGGAAACCUGAACAGAACAGGCAGAAUUAUCUGCGAAAGGAAAAAAAUGAAGAGCAAAGAUAAGUCCAUCUUUUUCCAAAAGGCAGCGUCUAAAAAGGACACAGAUCAGAAUACUCCACUAGAAGCAACCGAAAAGGACGACAAAAAUAAGAUCUAUAACAUUCCCUCUUGUCAUAGCUCCAGCUCCUAUGAUCACCAUCCUAUUCACUCCCUCGACAAUUCUAACCUGAGCUGUGACUCGCAGGAGACGCAACACGUCAGCACCUUGGCCCAUAUACGCAAACGGAAUUUGGCCAAAAUGAAGGAAAUGAUCUCCCGCGAAAGGGAAGCUUUGAGGAGAAGCGCCAUCGUUCCGUACCCCAAAAAUGGUGCACGAGGUGGGAAAGACUCCAAAUGGGAGGUCAAGGGGGCAGGGAAAAGGGAAGACAAAUGGGAAGGCAAAAGGGAACGAAAAAGGGAACUCAAAAAGGAAGGCAAAGGGGAACUCAAAAAAGAAAGCAAAGUGGAUGUGAUCCCCAAAAGGGAAACCCCAAAGGAAGUGAUCCACAGAAGAAACUCAUUGUGCAGGACGAAGAACGUAGCGCCCAUUGAGACCUCCAUCUGUGGAAGGUACGAGAUAGGGAAGGGUACGAAGGGAAUAAUGGGAGGCAACAUGGGAGGCGGCAUGGGGCACGAUUCCGUGGGGACCCAAAUGGUAGAAGCCCACAAAGCAGACGAUUACAACAUUAGUGCCCGAAAAGCAAUUUUAGCAAAAAACACCAGAAGGGAAAAAUAUCCUCUAGAUAUAGAAGCCUCGUACAAGUGCAAGAGCAUUUACAUAAAAAUCAACGUAGAUACAAAUAAUGAAGAGCUACUUAGACAUACACAACAGAAGUUACCUAAGAGAAGUCUAGAAUUUAAGUUAUUCACGACCAAAUUUGUCGAUGGCUUCAUUAAAUCAACCGAAUCCAAAAUUUAUAAAUCAUCGAGUAUUAUCUUGCAAAAUGCAGAGACUGAUGUUUUUUACAACAUCACUAUUCAUGUCUACAGCAGUGUUGUGUCUAGCCUAUGGCUAUAUGGAUCCGCUUCUUUUUAUCUGACCAAAUAUAACGUUGAACGAUUUAAGAUGAAAACGCCUUCCUCCGUCACAUUUAACAAAAACGGGGAUGUCAGAAAUGGGGUGUUUAAUGCGGAAAGAAGUGCACCUAGAGGGGUGUCAUCUAGCGUAUUGGCCACGGAAAAGAAAGCGGAGUCCAAAAGUGCCUUGGAAAACACUUCUGAGAAGGGAAAACAUGGAGAACCCCUUUUCUUUACAAACUCGGAGGGACAAAACACGCAGGAUUAUCUGCUAGAAGAGGAAGUGAAAGACAUCUCCCUCGAAGAGCAUUCUUCCAGCUCCUUGGACGAUUAUAUUUCUUCCGACGAAAGCGACGUGAGGAUGGAAAAUGUAAACAUCGGAAUUAAUUUAACAGAUUCCUCCAACUUGGUACAUCAACAUAAAAGUGGAAAGAGCUUCCAUAAUGGUGAUGACCAGGGGAUUCCUCAAGGGGAUGACCCCAACGAAAGAAACGACUCUACGCGCAACGAAGGUGGCGUAAGCAGCUCUACCUAUGACGAAUUGCUCCUAAAUUGCCACGAGAUUAACAGAAGCAAAAUAACGAAUGAUUUCCAAAAUGUUCGGUGCGGUAAGGGGGACGCUCGCACAUCUGGAGUGGCGACCAAGGACACAUCUAACGGUGAGGAAGAGGAUAAUCUUCUUCAACAUGAUCACAUAGGAUCAUCACGCGAACAAAAAGACCAAAGUGAGCAACCAAGUGGAAGUGAACUUCCACCAGUGGAAGAACCCAGUGAGAGUUACAUAACUGCAACCGUUAAAGAGGAGGAUCACCGUUUAGAAAAAUCCCUCCACUAUGACAGCUACUUAGAUGAAAAUAGCGAAGGGAAUUUAAAAUAUACCAAAUUUUUGACAGAAAAAGGGACACAUAAUAUAAUGCCAGAUUCGACGAAACUGCUUUCAAAUUCUUCACUAGUUAAAGAAGACACAACUUGUUGUUCUUUUAUACUUUCGAGCACCCCGUCCUUUAAGGAUGGCCACGAGAGUGGCAGCAGAAGUGUAGAAUCACAGAAGGGAAAACCACCACCUGCUGGGGGUUCACCCCUCAAAAGAGACAAGAACAAUUUCAAAACAAAUUUGUUCAGAAGGUGUGUGUUUGGCGCCGCGACAAAUAUUUUCAGUGAAGACGAAAAAUCCUCUAACGUGGAGGGACGCCUUCCGAUGUUGGGUGCACAAAAAGAAAAGCUAGCACAGAUAGGUCGCGUACUAAGUGAGAAAUGGACAGAAGAUAAAAACGAAAAUCGUAUGACCACUGUCCAUGACGUGGAAGGCAUCCCUAACGAGAAUAAUGCACACACGAUUAAGACGCACCACUUGGGGGAGUUAACCCGUGCAAAUUUUCCCCCAAACGGGAAGGACACAGCGGGAGACAAUUCGAGAAGGCACCUUCAUAACAGCUUUGUACAAAUCCCUUCUAUGGAAAAAUGGAAAAAAGAAAAUGGUCUGAGGAAUGACUCGUAUCUAUCAAGCGGACACCCACAGCUAGCCGAGAAAGGACCCAAUUCUACAUCAAACCUCGUCUUCUCAAGGGAUACAUUUGUGUACAAAAACGAAAAAGUAGAUGCAGGAGGGUUGGAGGCAACGCAGGAAAGAGAUGAACAAAAUGAGGUGAACCUGUUGAGCGAAAUUAGAAAUGCCAAGAAGAGUAAUGAUGAAGACUUCCCCCAUUCGAGUGACCUCUUCAUAUCUGCCCAGGUAGAAGCAAAGCAAUACACAAGUGGAUCGGACGAACAUGGACCCGUUUCCGGGGACAUCCCUUCUCAUGAUAAGGGAGAAGAACUCUCGAAAGGUAAUUUCCCAGCCGACAAAGCUUCCACAUUUAGGGACGAGGUUGCCAAAUGGAGUCAGCCCAACAGGUCCGAUGCUAGGCACACGGUCGACUCCAACUGGAACAGAUGGAUUCUGAACAAAAAUGGAAAUGUAGUCAAUAAAACAAGUGCUCCUAAUGGGAUGAGCACGCAGAAUAGCAUCUCGAAUGGUAAAUCGGUUCACAAAUCCGACCCAUGGAUGAACAGAGGUUGUUACCUGCCACAGGGCAAGUACGCUCUGCCAGGGGCGUCUCCUUACAAAACAAACGAGAGUAGAAGCGUCGCCAUGUACAAUCCGAUGUCCAACCCGGUGUGCAAUCCGACGCAUAGUGUCAUGCCAGACAAGUUAACAAAAUUAAAGAGCAAAAACAUACCAGUGCAGUUACGCACACGUGCGGCGGAGGGAAAAAUGAAGUGCGCACAUCACCCCUAUUUUAACGAAACCAACGGGAUGGUAAACUUACCAAACAGAGCUUACUUUCUUCAGGGGAACAAUACAGUGGGGCAUAAAUUAGGCAGACAUUUUGAAAAUAAGUUCGCCCCAAUUGGGGAGGAACGUUCGUCAAGCGGUUUUCGAAGCGGUUUGCGAAGUGGCCUUCCAAGCGGCAUUACCAACGCGGCGGAAAAAAAAAUACACAACUCAGAGGACCUAUUGUACAAGAGCAACAACUACAAAAAUGUCCGAUGUGCGCACUGGGCUGUGGACGUCCCACCUCUUUACAACACGGGUAAGUCUGUCAUCAGUAAAGAUCGGUAUGUGGAAAUUCCCCACUACACUCUGAGACAGAAUUACAAUGGAGCGAACUGUCCAAGUAGACCCACACAAAUGGCUACCAAACAAAAUGCCGAAAUGUAUGCAAAAGAAUCUGCACCCAAAAUUAUCCCGUGUGAAGACAGCAUCACGAAAGAUACAACGAAUGAUGGUAUAAACCUACCUCUUAGAAGAAACAACCCUGAAGAGGACGGGUUACCAAUUGUGGGGGCAUUUCUCCACAACGAGGAACCCAAAACGGCCGCAAAUAAUUACCCCUCAAGUGGAGGCAAUGACCCCCAUAGGGACCUUAACCAGGCGGGAGAUAACAGCUCUUACAAGAAAGAACCCACUCCCACGUUCCAGACGUACGUCAAUGGGGAAAUAACGGACUGUCUCCAAGGGGGGGCCGUAUAUGGGAAGGGGGGAUGCAGCAACGGUCAGAAAAGCAGCAACCCGAUCAGCAGCGGAGAGCAGAAUAUGAACCCACUCAAAAGCGGACAGCAAAAUAUCAACCCACUCAAAAGCGGACAGCAAAAUAUCAACCCACUCAAAAGCGGACAGCAAAAUAUCAACCCACUCAGCAGCGGAGAGCAGAAUAUGAACCCGAUCAGCAGCGGAGAGCAGAAUAUGAACCCGAUCAGCAGCGGAGAGCAGAAUAUUAACCCGAUCAGCACCGGACACCGGAAUAUCAACCCACUCAGCAGCGAACAGAAGAAUAUCAACCCGAUCAGGAGCGGACAGCGGAAUAUCAACCCACUCAACAGAAGCUUCCCCAAUGGGACCCACACUCCAACAAACAAACUCACUUCCACCAUGCAGGGCAGCACCGACAGGCACCUACGCCAAAACGGCUCACCAAACAGCCGACCCUCACUAUGCAACCCCAUUGUGGGAGCCAACAUGCCCAGAGUAAACAAUAACAUUAAAAUGUUCGCCUUUAACGAGGAAGGCAUAGCAGCUCACCUUGAAAAUCAAAAAAAGAACCAAAACCAGGGAAAGAAGAACCACCUUUACCCUUACAUGCAACAAAGUAUGCACACCUAUGGUACACGAAUGCCAAACAAUUUUUAUCACUUCAAAAAUGGAUCCUAUGUACCCAGUUGUACUCCUCCCGAUGAUGUAAAAAUGAGAGCAGCAUGCCUAAAUCAGCAUGCAAUGAAUAAUAAUCAAACUGUUUUAAAAAAAAAAAACGAACAUUAUUUGGGAAGGGCUGCGCCAAAACCCGGCAUGUGUACCUAUACACCAUUUGGGGAUAAUCCAUAUGCUCCACAAAAUAGUAGCUUACAAGAACAGCACCUCAAAAAAGGUAGGUUUCUAUAUACCCAAGGAUUGCCAAAUGUAGCGACGGAAAAUCCGUUUUCCCUUUUUAAAACGAACGCAGAGAAGUUAAGUGGCGCUGUAAGGGCCACUGCCAGUGGUAACUUCAUCCCUGUUGAAUCUGCGGCACACCAUGUUGAUAAAAAUGUGCAAAGCAAAGUUGGUGCACAUGCCCCCUGCGGUCACGCCCGUCGGGUUGUGGUUCCUGGUAGAGCGGGACAGUUCCCUUCCCCCUACGUUCAUUGGCCACAAUGUGCACCUCAUAACGCGCUUCACAUGUUACCCCCCAACGCGAACCGCAGUAGCCCCCAAAUAAAUAUACACAGAGAGAAGGACAACCCGAGUGGCAUUUCUCCCCCUGAUUGGCGUAGUUCCCCCUUCAGUGGCUAUAGCCCCCAAGGAGCGAGUCUGAUUAAACGGAAUCCCCCAAGUGAAGAACAGAAAGUGCAAGCUGGAUAUCCCCUCAAAGUUUUAGCCAAGCAGCCGAACCCACUUGGGGCCAAACUAGCCAGCUCGCUUGCAUCGCCCAACAAGGUAAAGGGGAACACACACCGAGCAGUGACUUUCCUCGACGAGCCUUUGAUAAUAAAAAAUGACGCCCAUCACGAUGGUGCACAUCAAAAUAGACCAUUUCAGUAUGGCGUGCAUGAAAAUAACCCAUUUCAAUAUGGCGUGCAUCCAAAUCAAUCCCCUCUCGAGAGUGCCUCCCACAUGACUGGGCAGCACAAACUAACCAGUGAUGAAAAACUCAGUUCGAGUGCCAAAGCAAACAUUCCCCACCAGCCAAACAAGUGCAUAGAAUGGGAGAAAUCCGAGGAAGCACCCAAAUUCGAUCUAAAGUACAACGAAAUCAAUUUUAAAAGCCUCCAGUGUAUAGAACAGACAAAUGCCCAGUUCGCGGAUCACUUAUAUAACAUGGCCAAAGGAUGCGAUACAGCAUGUUCUGAAAGGGAAUAUACGUACGCAGAUAACAUGUGUGUGAAGCGAGAAAAUUCUUUGGAAAGAAACAGAAAAUUUUCUCCCUUCUUUGGAUUACGUAAUAGUGGCAAUCAUUCAAAUACAGAGGAUCACGCAGAGUGCACACAGAAGAAAAGUCCAACAACAAAAUCGUUUCAGUUGAGUAUUCAGCUGGGAGAACGCGAGUGGGGGAAAAUUAAAUUCACUUCUGAAGAUAUCCUUGAUGAUAAGAUUAACAAAUUUAUUGAAAGUAAUAACUUAAAGAAAAUCUUCUUAUCUCCCUUGCGAGAAAAAUUGAAGUACAUGUUGCAGAAGGAUGUGUCCAAGUGGAGCAUGAGCAUUACAGAGAUAUUGUGA